AUGUCUACCCCAGCCAGAAGAAGAUUAAUGAGAGAUUUCAAAAGAAUCAAGAGUGAUUCGCCACCUGGGAUAUCAGCAUCACCAUUACCAGAUAAUGUGAUGUUAUGGAAUGCAAUGAUUAUAGGUCCAUCUGAUACACCAUAUGAAGAUGGUACAUUUCGAUUAGUAUUAGAAUUCGAUGAAGAAUAUCCAAAUAAGCCACCACAUGUUAAGUUUUUAAGUGAAAUGUUUCACCCCAAUGUUUAUGCCAAUGGAGAGAUUUGUUUAGAUAUUUUACAAAACAGAUGGACACCCACCUAUGAUGUUUCUUCGAUCUUGACAUCGAUUCAAAGUUUAUUUAAUGACCCAAAUCCAGCAUCACCAGCCAAUGUAGAAGCUGCUACGUUAUUUAAAGAUCAUCGAGCACAAUAUGUCAAGAAAGUGAAAGAAACGGUAGAAAAAUCAUGGGAAGAUAAUAUGGAGGAUAUGGAUGAUGAUGAAGAAGAUAGUGAUGAAGAUGGAGAUGACGAUGAAGAUGAAGAGUGA